CUUCAGAUUAUAAUAGUGAUUCGUCAAAAUGUGUCGAUUCGCUGUUUUUAUUUUCCUAGUGUUUUGUGUGAAUUUUGGAUUGUGCUAUGUGAAUUUGGCAGACAUAGAAUGUGGUCUAGUCAUGGCACGAAAAGGUCGUAUCGUCGGUGGUACUGAUAGCCUACCCGCUGAGUUUCCCUGGGCAGCCAGCAUUUGGAGACAAGGGACCCACCAGUGUGGAGCCACGAUCAUUAGCGACAGGUGGCUGCUAACUGCUGGUCAUUGUAUUUGCAGCGUAUUCGAUGAAUUCUAUAAAUCCAAGCAACUUACAGUCGUUGUUGGGUACACAGAUAUAUCGGUCACAGAUAAAAAUGAAAAACUGUCUAAAAUUAUGCCACAUCCCGACUACAGAUGUAAAAAGAAAACUAAUGACUUGGCUCUCCUUAAAACGGUCCGUCAAUUGAAAUGGACUAAUGAACUUCGUCCGGCAUGUCUUCCGCAAUCGAAGUCGUCGGACUUCAGCGGUACCAUGGCAACUGUAGCUGGAUGGGGAUUUACUAACGAAGACAGAGGGAUCGGAAUCAGACCAAACGUUUUACAAAAGACUGAUGUCAUAGUGGUGGAAAAUGGAGAAUGCAACAGUUGGUACGAAUCAAAAGGUAGCAAAGUCAGGGUUAUUUCAUCACAAAUAUGCGCUGGUCAUGAAAAAGGAGGACGAGACUCUUGUUGGGCUGACAGCGGUGGCCCCCUAAUGAUCAAUGAAGAGAAAGGACAUUCUAUUCUGAUUGGUGUUGUUUCCACUGGUAGUGGUUGCGCUAGAGCUAAAAUGCCAGGAAUAUAUUCGAGAGUAUCUAAAUUUACUGAAUGGAUAGUUUCAUCUGUGAAUGAUGAUAAUGCAAGAGCCGGUUUGAACUGGUAUACGAGAAGCGGCUAG